CCAGCUCCUGCUGAACCUUCACUGACUUCACUCGGACUUAUCAUUUAAUCAUGCUCUUCUCCAGUGCUGUUGCUUUCCUCCUGGGCUCUACCUUUGCCCUGGCAGGUCCACUCGCGUCGAACAAGACCAUCACCCGUUGCGGUACCUUCAUCAGCGACGAGGCUCUCAUUGCCGCUGAGGCCCACUUCGCCAAGCACAAAGUUGUGUCCUCCCUUUCCGCCAAUGCUGCCUCCUUCAGCAUUCCCGUGUACUUCCACGUCGUCAGCGAGGACAGCACCGCCAGCGGUGGUAACAUCCCUGACUCCCAGAUCACCAGCCAGAUCUCUACUUUGAACUCGGAUUACUCCGGCAGCGGUCUUACAUUCUCUCUCGCUGCCACGACCCGCACGGUCAACUCCGAUUGGUUCAACAACGCCGGUCCCGACUCCUCGCAGCAGGAUGCCAUGAAGAAGGCUCUUCGCAAGGGUGGCGCGACCGCGCUCAACCUGUACUCGGUUGGUUUCACCUCAGGUACCGGUGAAGGUCUCCUCGGAUACUCUACCUUCCCCUCCGACUACUCCAGCGCCCCCACCGACGACGGUGUUGUUUUCCUCUUCUCCUCUGUCCCCGGCGGCAGCACCACCAACUACAACGAGGGCAAGACUGUUACCCACGAGGUCGGUCACUGGGUUGGUCUCUACCACACUUUCCAGGGCGGUUGCUCCGGCUCUGGUGACAGCGUCAGCGACACCCCCGCUGAGGCUUCCGCCGCCUCUGGAUGCCCCACCGGCCGUGACACAUGCUCCAGCAGCGGUGUCGACCCCAUCCACAACUACAUGGACUACUCCUACGACAGCUGCAUGAACCAGUUCACUGCUGGCCAAAUCACCCGUCUCCAGGGCCAGAUCUCCACCUACCGUGGCAUCAGCGUCUAAAAGUCGAGCUUCAGACUCAGCGUUCAGUACUCCGUGCCGUGCUCAUGUAGUAUUAGUCCAUCUAUUAGAGUCGGACAGCCACAUUUCACGAACAUCUGUACUCAUGUAGGCUAUGUAUCGAAUUCAACUGGAUUCUAGGGC